GGGUCUCACUAUGAGACCUGGAAGUCACUAUGUAGAACAGACUGGCCUCAAACUCAUAAGAGAUCUGCCUGCCUCUGCAUAGGCCACCAGGCUCUGUGUAUGUUUUGGCAAAGUCUCAAGUAGUCCAGGCUAGCCGCGAGGUUUCAGUGUAACAGAGGGUGACCUUGAACACUGUUCUGAUCUCCUUGCCUCCACUGCUGAACUUCUAAGUACUGGGAUUACAGGUGUGCACUACCCGUGAUUUAUGCUCUGCAGGGAACAGGACACCUGCUAGGUUAGCACUCUGCAGCUUUUAUUUUUUUUUCUGCUUUCUUGAAAUAACCUCUUGGUAUGUGUUCCUGUCUUCCAAGUCACACUGAUCCUCUUCCACAGGCCCCCUAGAAUCCUGAGACACCACAUCCCUCUGGACUUGUGGUUGUAGAAAUGAGGGGAAAGUACCAGAAAAGGCACAGACGUGCUGUAAGGACACAUCAACGGAGUAACAAGAUCUUGACCAGAACUGACCCAUGAUGGGCAGCUGGUAGUGAUGUAGGGGCACUGGGAGCCAGGCACCCAGAGGACUAAGGUAGACUCUUAUAAAGUUCUGGAGUGGGAGGAACCCUGCACAGCACCGCCUCCUGUCAGUGUGAGGGCAGGGCCUGUGAAACUGUUGGUUGCCGAGGGGGCAGGGCCUCAUGCUGCACCACCUCCUCGCCGGCACCUGGUGGGCGGGGCCUCGCAUUGCACCUCCUCGCGGACGCCGGGGCGGGUGGCUUGCAUUAGAGGAGAUAUGGCUGCGCUGGUGGAGCCGCUGGGGCUGGAGCGGGACGUGUCCCGGGCUGUGGAGCUGCUAGAGCGGCUGCAGCGUAGCGGAGAACUGCCCCCGCAGAAGCUGCAGGCCCUGCAGCGGGUCCUGCAGAGCCGCUUCUGCUCCGCCAUCCGCGAGGUGUAUGAACAGCUCUAUGACACGCUGGACAUCACUGGCAGCGCCGAGGUGCGGGCUCAUGCCACAGCCAAGGCUACAGUGGCUGCUUUCACAGCCAGUGAGGGCCAUGCCCAUCCCAGGGUCGUGGAACUACCGAAGACUGAUGAGGGUUUGGGCUUCAACAUCAUGGGCGGCAAAGAGCAGAACUCGCCCAUCUAUAUCUCUCGAGUCAUCCCCGGAGGUGUGGCUGAUCGCCAUGGUGGCCUCAAGAGGGGAGACCAGCUGCUGUCUGUGAAUGGUGUGGAGUCUGUGCGAGGCCUGCCCUGCAGAGUGUGGAAGGCGAACACCAUGAAAAGGCAGUGGAACUCCUGAAGGCCGCCCAGGGCUCAGUGAAACUGGUGGUGCGCUACACCCCUCGGGUGCUGGAGGAGAUGGAAGCCCGCUUCGAGAAGAUGCGAUCUGCCCGUCGGCGCCAGCAGCACCACAGCUACUCGUGAGCCUCCAGUCACCACCCUAUCCCUGCUGCCUACCCCAACCUCAGAUACCCAAACCAGGCCAGCGAUCUCAGCCGCCUUCAACAUUUAUCCCUGGCUCUUCACCAGAGGCUUCCAGACCUUUGACCCCUGUCAUGGUAGCCAAGGCCCUGGGACCCUCUGGCUCUCCAAUCCCAGAAUCCCUGUGCCUGUUUUUCUGAACUGUUGUCUCCAGAACCCCACCCUUGAACAUCUUAUGCGUCCCCCCACCACCACCACUAAGCCUCCCCUUUGCCUAAAACUCCCUCUCCACACCC